ACGUGACCGCUGCCGGCCCGCCAAGAUGGCGGCUUCCUGCGUGGCCUUGGUGGCCCUGUCCCUCUGCCUGCCACUGCUGCUGCUGGUCGCGUGGAAGCGCUGGCGGCGGGGGCGCGCGGCCCGGCACGUGGUGGUCGUGGUGCUGGGCGACGUGGGCCGCAGCCCCCGCAUGCAGUACCACGCGCUGUCGUUGGCCAAGCGCGGCUUCUCCGUGACCCUCCUGGGGUUCUGCAACUCCAGGCCCCAUGAAGAGCUCUUGCAGAGCGACAGAAUUCAGAUUGUGAGUUUGACAGAACUUCAGAGACUUGCAGUCGGGCCCCACAUUCUCCGGUAUGGAGUCAAAGUCGUAUUCCAGGCAGUGCACUUGCUGUGGAAGUUGAUGUGCAGGGAGCCGGCAGCCUACGUCUUUCUCCAGAACCCCCCAGGCCUGCCUGCCAUUGCCGUCUGCUGGUUUGUGUGCUGUCUCUAUGGGAGCAAGCUCGUCAUCGACUGGCACAACUACGGCUACUCCAUCAUGGGUCUGGCUCACGGCCCCAGCCACUGCCUUGUUCUGCUGGCCAAGUGGUACGAGAAGCUCUGCGGGCGCCUCUCCCACCUGAACUUGUGUGUGACGAACGCGAUGCGGGAAGACCUGGCAGAGAACUGGGGCAUCAGAGCCGUGACUGUCUACGACAAGCCAGCAUCUUUCUUUAAAGAGACGCCCUUGGACCUGCAACACCAGCUCUUUAUGAAGCUGGGUCGCACCUACUCUGUGUUCAGGGCCCGCUCCGAACCGUCGGACGCGGCCACGGAGAGGUCGGCCUUCACGGAGCGGGCUGCACGGAGUGGCGAGGUGACACAUCUUGGCGGGCGGCCGGCCCUGCUGGUCAGCAGCACGAGCUGGACAGAGGAUGAAGACUUCUCCGUCUUGCUGGCGGCGUUAGAAAAGUUUGAACAGCUGAUCCUGGGUGGAGAGAGCCUGCCUUCUCUGGUCUGUGUGAUAACAGGCAAAGGGCCUCUGAAGGAGUAUUACGGCCGCCUCAUCAGCCAGAAGCAUUUCCGGCACAUCCAGGUCUGUACCCUGUGGCUGGAGGCUGAGGACUACCCCCUGCUUCUAGGGUCGGCGGACCUGGGCGUGUGCCUGCACAAGUCCUCCAGCGGCCUGGACCUGCCCAUGAAGGUGGUGGACAUGUUCGGGUGCUGCCUGCCCGUGUGCGCCGUCAACUUCCGGUGCUUACACGAGCUGGUGAAACACGAGGAAAACGGCCUGGUCUUCGAGGACUCGGAGGAACUGGCGGCUCAGCUGCAGAUGCUUUUCUCCAAGUUUCCUGAUCCUGCUGGCAAACUAAGCCAGUUCCGGAAGACCCUCCGGGAGUCAGAGCAGCUUCCCUGGGAUGAGAGCUGGAGGCAGACGGUGCUCCCUUUGGUCACAGACACAUGACCCCUUGGGCCAAAGACUGAGACCACCCCCUCCCCCCCAGCGUG